AUGACGUCCGCAAUUGAUUCCACCAUUGCACAGGACUUUGAUAAAGCGAAGGCUGAAGCUUCAAGUAGGGAGGAUCCAAGCUGUCUUUUCGAGCUUCUGCUUUCCUUUGGAGAGGAGCUGAAGCCGCACAUCGUGUCCAAUGGUUUGUUGCUCGAAAUCUGGAGAGUGCUGGAUCUCAUGCAGCGUCAGAUCAGGAAGUUUCCUUUGCCAAAAGACGAUGCUCACACCAAGGCUGCCGUGCGACUGGUCUUUCUUCUUCGCCUUGUCCUCGGCGCUGAUCCUGCGUCAGAGCAUUAUAACUACGUGCUGGAGGCCGUUUCAGAUUGCAUAGACCCAGAUGGGCUUGUUCUUGGCUGCUUCCAAACGACCCUCGAGCUCUUACAGCUGCCCAACUUCUCUUCCGCCGUUCCGCUGGUCGAUCCAGUCUACCGGAACGCGCUACAGCUGCUGAAAGAAGCACGAGAAGGCAACCAUCCGCAGUGGAAGGCCUGCUUCUCUUCUUGUCUCCGCCGAGUGUUUCUAACCUGCCGGGAGCAUGGGAUGGAAUCACUAAAUGAUUCCGCGUUGAAACGAGUGCUACUGCUCUUUUCCCGACCGUCUCUAGCCCCCCAGUUCCUGGACUCCCUGAUUGCUCUUCCCGAGUGCGGAGAACGGACAAAAGGAGCUUUGGUCCUUGCAUUUCAGAUUUUCGGGGCAGCAUAUCGGCGAAACGCUGCGAUCAUCAUCUCGACGUGCGCGGCCAAGCUCGUCGAGGAGUGCGCAGACAACGUCAACAUGCGAGUGGAGUGCCUCGCAGUCCUCUCGAGGGUACACGCGCGCUGGUGCGACUCAGCGGAAGGCGAAGCGAAGCCCGCUUGGUCCGAGUCAGCGAUCCAGAACCUGAUGCAGAGCGCCUUGUUUGAUCCGAGCGUCCGAGUGCGGCGGUCCGCAGCCCAGCUGAUCUCCAAGCUUCAACCCGACAGCGAUUGUGUUGCAGAACAAGAGUUGCUCUACCUCUGCUUCCUAAAGCUCCGGGAUAACGACGAGAAAGUCCGCCGCGCCGCGUUCCGGCGGCUCGCGGACUUUCCGCUGGCAACGCUCGCGCAGCACUUCCAGGCGUGCGACUGGCAGCUCGUGUUCCAGCACGGAUUCCGAGAGGAAGGCACCGCCGAGGACGUGCAGGAGCUGCUGUACGACUACCUGCUAUCCGCAGAGCUGCAAGGGCCGCCGUCCAGUAGACUGGCUCUGCUUGGCCGGCGCCUCCAAGCGCGGGAUCUGUUUCGGCUUGCGCUGGCGGAGAAUAUUGAAACAAUCUUCAAGGGGGAGCUUCCUUUCUGGGGCUAUCAAGACACAGCAGUUGAAUGA